CCAGACCCGUUAUGAUAAAGAUACAAAUUACCAAAGCCCAGAGAGAGAGAGAGAGAGAGAGAGAGAUUUCAAUGGCCUCCCUUGCCACACAGAUAUGCUCAGACAUAUCCUCUAUCUUCUCAAAACCCACCCAUCCCCACCCACCCCCCUUGGACCUCUUGCUGACCGAGCUGACCACCAUAUCGGCCCAAAACGGACGGGUAUUCCUCUACGGAGUGGGCCGAGAGGGCCUAAUGCUCAAGGCCCUCUGCAUGCGCCUGGCCCACUUGGGCCUCUCUACCCACUUCGUGUUCGACAUGACAACUCCCCCAAUCACCACCAACGACCUCCUCAUCGCCUCCGCCGGCCCCGGCGGAUUCUCCACAGUCGAUGCCAUAUGCAACGUGGCACGAUCCCACGGUGCUAGGGUUUUGUUGCUAACAGCUCAGCCGGAGACAGGUUCGUGCGUGAAGCAUGCGAGUGUGAUCUGUUACGUUCCGGCGCAAACUAUGGCGGAUGAUGCGGAUGAGGAAGGCGCGGUGAAAUCUCGGCCGGUGCUUCCGAUGGGGAGUUUGUAUGAGGGGGCUUUGUUUGUGUUGUUUGAGAUGGUGGUGUAUAAAUUGGGCGAGGUUUUGGGUGAGAGCCCUGACGCCGUCCGAUCACGCCACACUAAUCUGGAAUGAGAUUGGGUUUGUUUCCUUUUCUACCACUGCUACUGGGUACUGAAUAAGAAUAAAUAAUUGUUUAGAGGAAUAGUAGACUUUUGUAUAUGAAUAAAGGUGGAUUUAACUCUC